AUGUACUUUACUAUUCCCCUCUUGUUUGUCAUUUGUUCGAGUUUCGUAGGAGUGCAUGGAGGUCUUUUCGAUCUUUUCAGCACGAACACGGAUUAUAACAUGGCAUUUGCCAUGGAUUCCAUCUUCGGAAUUGUGAUCAACACAACGGAAUUCUGGAUCAAUGGCAACAACACAGAUCCCGUCGAAGUAAAUGUUAAAUUAAUGUGUGGUAAUCGAAACAAUGCCGCCCUAUCGAGAACCUUUAUCAAUGAUGAUAAUCUGAAAGCAAAGAUUGAUACAUCGAAACCGAUUGUCUUCGUCACACAUGGUUGGUUGGACAACGGGAACCGCGUAUGGAUGAAGGAAAUCAAGGAUGAUUACUUGAAAUAUUUCGACACAAACAUCUGCAUCGUAGAUUGGGGAAACUUGGCUAUCAUUGGUUACAUGAUUGCGGUGAAGAAUACCUUCAUCGUUGGUCAAUACCUAGCAGACUUCAUUACGUACCUCAACAAGCAGGGAAUCCCGCUAAGUAAAGUAACGCUGGUGGGUCACAGUCUGGGCGCACAAAUUAGUGGACACAUUGGGCGUAACUUGGGCGGUCAAGUGAGCGCAAUCUACGGUUUGGACCCAGCGGGACCGCUCUUCACGAUGCCUUUCGACGUGGGAACGGCGAAGCGGUUGGACAGCUCAGAUGCCAAAUAUGUACAAACAAUUGUCACGUCCAAGUGCUUCACCGGUGUGUGUGCGGGAGAUGGACAUGAAAAUUUCUACCCCUCCGGAGGUUGGGUACCUCAGCCGAACUGCGCCUUACCUUUGUUCUCUAACUCGGAGAGCCCGGAACUGGUCAGCUGCAGUCAUUCACAUUCGAUUACGUUAUUCCGGAUGGCGCUCAAUCCGAGCAAUGUUUUCACGGGUAAAGCUUGCAUUGAUUAUUUCUCGUAUUAUGCGGCGUUGUGCCUGUUUAGUGCUUCCACUAAAAUGGGAGUCUAUUCGAGCCGCAUUGGGGGCAAUUUCUAUGUGAAAACUACGGCGUUUUCACCGUAUACGUGA